CAUCAGUGAAGCACAAGCAGCAAGAAUUGAAGGCGGGAGAACCAAAAAAAAUGUCGCCAGAAAACUCAAACCCUAGAAAAUGGCGAUACACUUGGGAAGCUCAAUCUCACAUCCCUCUCCUCAAACUCUUCAUCUUCUCCCCAGAAAUCAAUCUAAUCAGUCAUUGCAAUGAUCUCCAUGUCAACUUGAAGUUCGAAAAAUCACUCCUCAUUUUAACCUGGAAACACGAAAAAUCCCCAAACCUGGUCACUCUUCUCGUUCCGUUACCUAGGGUUUUAGUCGACCUCGAUUCUCCGCUCAAUUCCAGGGUUUUCGAAGAUCAUAUUCAAGUUAAGAUUCCGUUGCUACUUUCUGUUGAUCAUCCUAUUGUUUCCAGCUUUAUUUCUGAGCUUAAUUCUGGAGAUGAAUUUGGCGCCUGUAAUUCAUCCAAUGGAUUUCUCGAGCCGCUUUCAAUGGAUUCCGAUUUCAAGGCUUUGUCUUCUAAAGGAGAUGUUGACUUCUAUUGCAGAAACUGCGCAUUUAAGUUGACUAACCGCUCUGUUAGGUGUUUGGUGGACCUGCCUUCUGUUAACUGGACUGAUGUAGCAGAUAAUUGGUUCGGGACUUGCUGCUGUUCAUUUGGAGGGAUAAGUGAGAAACUUGUGGACAAGUAUGUCAAAUCCUAUAGGUGUGCAGAGGGAACAUGCUUGUUAACCGUUGCAUCUGUCAUUCUUUGCAAGGAUGACAUUUCAGGAUUUAAUCCUCAAAAGGCAGAUAUGAUUAGAAGUGCUGAGAACAUGUUGUUGAGUGAUAUUGCUGAUAAUUGUUACAAAACUGGUGCAAGUGUAUCUGCUGAAGCUCCCUUAUUGCAUGAUUCUGCCGCAAAACUUGGCUCAGAACACUUUCUAGAAUUGAACAAAGAAUCCACAGAACCUGAUGAAGACCACGAAGAGAAGCCGACUUGUGCUCCUCCUAGAGCUGAUUCCACUAAAGAUGCUGAAACAGCCCAUGGCUGUUGUGAACACAAUGCAUUAAACCCUUCCGUAAAGGACCAACCUGUUAGCGGACCUAUUGAUCUUCAAGCUGACCAGAAGUCAUUUCUUAACUGCUAUCUUGGAAAUGCCUUUUUAUUUAGAUUAGAUGGCCUUUCAAAAGCUAUUGAAUGGAUUGAUUUCGCAUGUCCUCAGUGCUCGUGUACUCUAGGGGCAUACCCAUGUAGCGAUGGUUGUGAACCACUAGACGGUGGCAUUAGACUGCUUAAAUGUAACAUCUCGAUUUCUCCUUCAGAGUUAUCAGAUGACUUGUUCAGUAAGUAUACAUUGGAGAGAAUGUUCACUUGCCAACUCCUGGAAAGUGCUAAAGAUGAACUGUCCUUCCGCUCUGUGGUUAAGGACGUGAAGACAAAAUCUUCCAUGAUGCACGUACUUCUACUUAAUCCGAGUUCAUGGUGCUGUACUGGUUGUUGCUCAGAAGGUACUGCUGAACCAACUGUAAAGAUCAAUCUGCACCCUGUUGUCAAGGUGCUUUUUUCUCAUUGCGAUGACAAUCCGGACUCUAAAUCCAGAAUGGAUCAAGAUUGGGAAACGAAAAACCGAGCUGAUGAGAUCUAUAUGUUGAGUCAUGUGAUUAAGGAGCUUGUGAAGUCCAUCGAGGAAGCGACAGGCAACUUUCCGCCUUCUUGUAGCUCAUCCCCGGGCUUUCUGUUGUCCUCCAUCCCUAGAUAAUCCUCAUCUGGCUGGAUAUUCUGUUUUGCUGAUUCAUGAUGCCUAACAAGAAAAAACAGUAAAGAAAACAGAGGUGCUGAUGCAUUAAAUCAAGGAAAAUAGGGUUGCUGAUGCAUUAAAUCAAGGAAAACAGGGGUAGCUGAAUGCUGAAUUGCUGAUGCAGUACAAAGAUAUACAUAGCAAGGAGUAUUAUUCUUAAUGGCUACCAGGUAGCUUUUCUUUAAUCUUGUCCAUAAUUCCUUUCUUCUCAGUCUGUUCAUAGCCACUGUGACGGCCUUGUGGAUCGUACCCUGGAGUUGUCGUAGCUCCAUAUUCGGUUUUCUUAUGGCCACCACCAGGUAGUUUCUCCUUAAUCUUCUCCCUCAGUCCCUUCUUCUUCCUUCUACCCCCUAGCCCGUCAUCCUCUGACUGCAAUUUUCAAUUUUCAUCAUUUUUAGUAAGUACAACAUGUCAUUUCAUUUGAACCAAAAAAAAUAAAAAAAAUAAUAAUAGUGUAUAAAACAAAAAGCAAGAAAUGUGUAAAAAGGUUACCGUUUUAUGAGUGUAAAAAAAAAAAAAUCAAACAAAAGAAAGUGAAGGGAAAGUGUUAAUGGCUUAAUGCUACGCGAUGGGAGGGUAAGAUAGUAAAAUUAAAAUAAAAACACAAUGUAGAGAACAUUACUUAUUCCGUUUAUUUGUUAAAAAUUACAAAACUGAAAAAAUGAAAAAAAAUUUAAUAUCCCAAUAGAAAAGUACGAAAAGGAAAAUGGUAAAAAGUGUAAAAGAUUAAAUAACUCAAUGAAUUUAAUUGAUUAAAAUAAUUCUUAAACACAAAUUUUAAUACAAUAUUAAAAUAUUUAUGUGAUAAAUAAAAGGAAAUGUAAAACAUCCAAAAAAAACUUAGAACAAAAGGAAAGAUUAAAUAACUCGAUAAAUUUAAUAGAUUAAAAUGAUCGUUGAAUAUAAAUUUUGAUAGUAUAUUAAAAUAUUUACGUGGUAAUAUAAAAAUAUAUAAUUAACAUUUUGAAAAAAAAGUAAAGAAAAUAAUAAACGGAGGGAGUAUAAAACAAGCUAAAAAACCCGUAAAUAUCAUUUCAAAACGAACUUAGUAAAAAGAAAAAUAAAAGAAAAGUGUUAAUAAACUAUAUGGGAGGGGUAAGAUAAUAAAAUUAUAUCCAAAAAUAAACUAAAACACAAUCUAAGAUAACAUUGGGAAACAUGCUAAAAACAAAAAACGUAAAUAUCAUUUCAAAACGAACUUAGUAAAAAAGAAAAAAAAAAAAAUGCUUCGUAGAAAGCAGAGGUUUAAAGAGUUUCUUACCGAGCUAGAGCUGGAGCUCCCAGAGCGGUGGAGCAUACCAGUUAGACCACCACCUUCAUGAGGCUUCUGAUGUUGUACAUGGCCUCCACCCAUACCAACACCUGUGUCGUGGCUUCCACCGUGGUGACCGGUUCCAAUACCUGUGCCACCGAUCCCUGUGUCGUAGCUGCCACCGUGGUGGCCGGUUCCAAUGCCGGUACCAGUCCCAGUGUCGUAGGUUCUGGUGCCUGUGCCAACUCCCGUAUCGUAGGUUCUAGUACCCGUGCCAACCCCCGUGUCGUAGGUUCCAGUUCCGGUUCCGGUUCCGACACCAUCAUAACCAGGAACACCAGUAUCCGAACCACCAUACUUGCCCGUUCCUAUAUCAUAUGCACCCAUGGUUCCUGCAGAGUACUGAUUCUGAACCGGGUUACCGUAUUCGUCGGUUUGACGAACCGGGUUUCCAUACUCAUCCCUCAAUUUCUCCAUUAAAAACUUUUCUUUCUUUUCUUUUUGUUUGUAAGCUUGGUUUUUCAAUUACUUAAGUGAUAUGCUCUUGAGUGUUUGAUAAAGAAAAGAGUCUGCUGAAGACAUUUUAUACAUAAAUUUCGAGGGAGGGAAACUCGGAUAUGUUAGAAGAAAGAUCGACUCACGUAGUCACGUGCAUGACAUGCCGUAUCAUUACACAUGCUUUGGAGUUUGGAUCAUCUUAGAUGCUUACACGUAGGGGGUUAAGGUGUUUCUGGCUGCAUGAUGAGGUGACACGCAUGAUAAGCCUUUGACUCGAAGGAUGAUCAUCUCUUUUCUACUUCAAAGUCGACUGUGUCCUGUUACCGACAUCCCAGUGAUGGCAGUGGGUCGGGCCUGCCCGAUGCCUGACCCCGUAUGAAAAAAUCUUGGCCCAGAACGACUACUAAAAGAGCACGGCCUGGCACGGGCACAAAGUCGUGGGCCGUGGACCAUAAUUUUUUAGAAAAAGUAUGACAAGGUCUGACUCAAUCCUGCACGACAAAGCACCCUAAAUUUAGUUAAUUUGCCUUAGGCACGACGGUCUGGCACAAAAGCACGUGGUCCUGGGGCUUGUUUUGAACUUUUCAGUUCGGCCCGACAUGAUUCAACGUGGACCCGUCUCGAUUAGGCCCACGACUUGCUCGGCCCGAAACCUGACCCGGCCCACAUCUUUACACCAGUGGCGGAGCCAGGAAAUUUUUUUUGGGGUGUCGGCAGUGACGUUCCCAGGAUUUUUAGAGUAUUAUGUCGAGUGAUCCUCCACAACACACAAUAUAUUACUAAAUAAAAUGUAUUGUCCUUAAACUAAUCAAUAUUCAUAUUACAAUCGUACAAAACUAUUACAAUUAUUCUCUACGAUUUUCAUAUGUGAUGAAAACUGAAAAGAAUAAAUUAAUUUAAGAUAGCGGGUAUUUAAAUUUAAAACUAUAAGAGACCAGUUGUUUCUAAAGGACUCUCUUAAGAUAAUCCCGAUAUAGUUAUUCAAACUUCUAAGAGAACGGUUGUUUCUAAAGACUGUUCUUUUCGGAUUAUCUCUAUAGUAUACUGAUCUCUUACGUAUGCAGCGGGUGUUUUUAAGUAUAACCUAAGAGAUCGGUUCUCUAUAAUACCCGGUCUCUUAGAUCUCAGCUAUAAGUUUUUUUUUUCCAGUUUUUUUUGGGGGUCACCUACCUAGCUCCGCCACUGCUUUACACCCACGUAUCAAUAAAAUAAUCGUUGAAUAAUUACCUAAUGCUUUGUUGCUGUCCCGAACACUACUACGUGUACUUAAGCUGGCUUGGGCCGCGCUCACUCUGCAUUAUGUCGGGCCUGAUCAAAGUUUCAAAACAAGGGUUAAGCCCAUUGGCUGUAGUUUCUAGGUCUGAUUUUAUUAAAUUUAGUGUGUUUUGUCGUGCCUUAUCUUUUUCCGCCUUUUCCAUAUGCUACGGAAGAAAGAAUCAAACUCAAAGAGACUAUAAACGCUAGGUUAUUGGCAAUUCUAGGAGCACAAAGUCAAGAUAAGCCGGAUGAGGGAGCUAACUUUUUUAAGCAGUUGGCAGCUGACAAGCUAAGUUUUAUAAGUAGUUAGCUGGGUGCGUUUUAUUCAAUUGAUUUUCAUUUACUUUUUCUGAACUUAUCUUAUCUGAACUUAGCUGAACUUAUUUGAACUUAUUAAAAUUUAUCAAAACUUAUUUUAGUUAUAAGUUGUACUUGGUCAACCCAUAUUUUUCCUGAACUUAUCUUAUCUGAACUUAUUUGAACUUAACUUAACUUAUUUUUUCUGAAAUAAGUGAAAAUAAGAUAAACAUAAUAAGACCUUAGUUCAGUACAAUUUAGUCAAAUAAAGCUUAGAAGAACAAAAUCAUAAUCUUAGAAAGCUUCGGUAGUAGGAGUAGAUCUCUCACCGUUUUUGUAAUUUAAAGGUCAAGUGUUCAAAUCCUAUUACCUCCUGUUUUUAGGGGUGAGCUUCCCAUCUUCCAUAAGAUUGUCUUCAUAGCUAGGGCCUAGGGGAGAGUAUGCCACUAUGAUCCUGGUCACCAGUCUAGUAGGGUCUUCGGCACCUUACCGAAAAUAAUUAAUUACUGAGCGUAACUUAAUUACUUGACUCAUGAAGCAUUCUUUUCAUGAAUCCUUCUAUUGUGUUAAUUAGUAAUAUACUCUCCAUUAUAAUUGGUCGUAACACUUUUAGAGUUUUAGUACUCCGUAGAAACUUUUGGAAUGAGUUGGUAACUUCGUGUUACAAUUGAUGAGUAGUAAUAUCUUACAUGAAUAAAUACACAAGUGAUAUGUUAAUGUAAAUACGGAGUAUUCCAUUAAUUGGUAAAAUAAUAUGGGAAAUACAGUACUAAAUUCAGGAAAAAAAGAGCGGAGUUCUCACUUACUACCGACUUACCCUAUUUUUAAUUUCUUCGAAAGAGGUAAGUUUAGAUAAGGAAUACUAAGUUGAAUAGGUUUAAGUAUAAGAGGUUGGCUACAUCGCAGUUCAUCAGCGGCUUAGUUGAAAAGUCAAACAAAGUACUAAGUAUCGGAAAUAAAUGACAGUAUUCAAUACAACAUUGACAGUAUUCAAUACAACAAUGACAACAUUUAUACAAACAAUGACAGAGUAUAUGUAACACGUUUAUCCAGUUAUUUAAGUGCCCCUUUACUAUUUUUGUUUCAUUUCGUUUUCUUCUUUUUGGAUGAUUAAUGAUAGAGAGUAUAUGUAACACGUUUAUCCAGUCAUUUAAGUGGUCUCUUUACUCUUUUUGUUUCAUUCCGUUUUCUUCUUUUUGGAUGAUUAUGACAAAUUUUAAUACAACAAUGACAGUAUAUACACAAUAAUGACAAUAUUUAUCUAACCUUUCAUAGUAUAUAGCAAGUUCGCAAUAUUUUUACCAUUUACUUAAAGGGUGGGCCAUCAUUGCAAUUUAUUUUCUUUUUUUUUUUUUUUGGUAACUGCGAUGUAUCCUCCCUCCUAAUAGCCAAAAAAUAAAAUAAAGUUCACACAAAAUGUAAUUGAAACGGUCAUGAAGCGGAAACUCAUAAAAUUCGAACUACUAAUAAAAAAAGAGGAUUUAUAAUCAUGAUGAGAAAUUCAUUAGAUUAGUUGAUUUUCAUUAUAUUAGUGGAUUUUCGUGGCUUUUUUUUUGGCUAUAUUCCAUCAAAUUAAUUACUUAAUUAGUAGAUUUUCAUAGUAUUUACAUUAGAUUAGUCGAUUUUCAUAGUAUUCACAUUAUUAGUGGAUUUUUAGCUUUUUGGCUACAUUUCAUUAGUUAGAUUAGUGGAUUUUCAUAGCUUUUUGGCUAUAUUUCAUUAGUUAGAUAAGUGGGUUUUCAUAGUAUUGACAUUAGAUUGGUGGAUUUUCAUAGUAUAUUAGAUUAGGGGAUUUUCAUAGUACAUUAGAUUAGGGGAUUUUCACAGUAUUUACAUUAGAUUAGUGGAUUUUCAUAGCUUUUUUUUUUACUAUUUCAUGAGAUUAGUGGGUUUUCGUAGUAUUUACAUUAUAUUAGAUUAUUAUUAGUGGAUUUUCAUAGUACUUUUUUUACAAUCAAUUAAAAAAAAGGAGAAUUUAUUAUCUAUGAUAUAAAGAAAAUUUACAAUGCAAAGAAGAAAACUGGUUUUACAAAGGACCAAACUAUUCAUAGCCUUGCAACAAAAACCAAAAGGCCACACCCACUCACACAAUUCCUACGAAGUUUUUUUUAGACAGAUAUGUAAUCACGGUCGUACCGACCCUCGAACACAUGACCUUGGGGUUAUAAUUUGUAAGCAUUUCCACUAGACAAUGGAGAGUUGGUAUUCCUACAAAGUUCGAAGUAUUACUCAUUAUUAUUCAGAAAAUAAAAACAGAAAGGAAAUCUAUCUACUACAGAAUACUGAUGUCAAACAGUUUAUAGUUUCAGUUGUACGGUGCUUUUGCCUCUUCAUCCUCUACGUUGCCCUCUAGUAUCAUAUCCACCGUGAGUUCCUUUACCCUCUCCACCGACUCCACGGGCUGCCCACUGGUCCAUUUCCCCUGUAUCAUUCCCAAUGUCACCUCCAACACCAACACUUUCAAUAAUCACAGUAUCAGUUCUCACCUCUCGUUGUCCUCCUCCGAUUCCGCCACCCAUCCCUGUAUCGUAUCCUUCGCCAACACCUCCGAGGCCCGCCCUUCCGGUAUCCCCUCCACCGUGUUCCGUGCGGUGUAGCUGCUGCUUCUGCUCCCCACCGCCGCUACCGGUGGAGUGGGGGACAUGAACUCCAGCAUGGUACCCUGUUGUUGUACCAGUUUGUCCCAUGCUUCCUGCUGUCCCGUAAGUGUACCCUUGCCCAGUGCCUACACCCGCGUCUGUGCGGUGCUGCCCGCCGCCGGUGGUGGUUCCGUGUUGUUUCCCAGCACCCUCAUCACCAGCAACGCGGUGGAGUUGUUGUUGUUGACCACCGGUAUCAAGUCCAUAAGCUGUUGGGUCAUACCCGGGUGCCCCUUUGUUAGUCAUGGAUGCUCCAGUUGACCCAGGUGCUCCUAAUGGAUCACGGGCUCCGGAUGCACCCGUGGAUCCUGGAGCUCCUAACCCCCCACCACCACCACUACCCUUUUCAUGGGUUCCUGUUUGUCGAUCAGUUUGACGGUUUGACAUGUUUUUCUUCAAAGUAGAAUUAUAUGAAAUGUUUCUUUUCUUGUUUUGGGAUAUGUUUUGAGAAUAAAUAGAUGAUUUAAUAAAGUAUUUAUAAGUGUAAUGUGUAGAUGAUAUGGUUUGGUUACGUAUAUGUUAUUUUCGACACGUAACGGUAAGGUUGUAGCGUGGCUUAUUGUUGGCGGAGCUCACUUGACACUAAGCACACACUAUGCAACUUGUUUAUGAAAUAGAAUUACACCCGUGCAGUGUAUCGGAUAAGAUCAAAGAAUAUGAAUGGCAAUAAUUUUUGAAGGACUUUUUUUUAAUGUUUACUGAUGGUCUGUUUCAAUAUUUACUGAUUGUCUGAUUUCUGCUACUGUAACUCUGUAGGGAGAUUAUACAGAAUUCCUAUAAAAAUAGAGAUUGUACAGAAAAGGGAGGAAAAAAAAGAAAAAAAAAAGGGGAAGUUAGUCGGAAGAAAUAAGUUAGUCUAAGGCCCUAUUUGGUUCAUUAUUAGUAAAGGAAAGGAAGAGAAAUAAAAAAGAAUUAAUAAUUAAUAAUUAAUGUAAUUAAUAAUCAGUAAUUAAUAAUUAGUAAUUAGUAAUUAGUCAUUAGUAAUUAAUAAUUAAUAAUUAAUAGCUAAUAGUUAAUAAUUAAUAAUCAUAAUUAUGAUUAUUAUAAUAUUAUUAUUAUUAAGUUGAACUGAACUGAACUGAACUGAACUGAAUGCUCCUAAACUGAACUGAACUGAAUGCUUGAACUGAACUGCGAAAUAAAUCAUAAAACUAAAAUUAAGCCAAAAAAACAGGGCCUAACCUAUUUACACCCCUACUCCCUACAAAAAAUCAUUUAAAAAUUCAUAUCCCGUAUUCACCCCUCCCCAUCCCUUACGCAUUUCCCACUAACUAUGUUAAAAAAAAAUACCCCACUAUCAACUAACACCCAUUAAAUUAAUAAGUCAAUUCAACUGUCUUAAACUCCGCAUCGGUCAAACCGGUGUGAGUAUUAAGGGACGUAGGGAGUACCAUCUAAUUAAAUAAUAAGUCAACUACAAUGCAUUAAACUCUGUGCCGGUCAAACCGUUUCAAGUAUUUCGAGACGGAAGGAGUAAUAAGGUGGGAUCUUGUUGAUUCGUCUUGAUGUAUAUUUUUAGAAUAUCAACUUUUUAUUUUUACUUAUUAUUAAUGUUAUGUAUUGACAAUCGUAAAAGCCAAUGUUGCAAGAAAAAAGAAAUGGAGGAAGUUCUAUUACACUAUAACAAAAAAAAAUUGGUUUAAUAUGUUUCCGGUUGUAUAAGUAGGUUAAAUCCAUAACUCAUUAGCUUGUAACAUAAUCCAUGUACUUGAUGCAUGCAAUAAUUUAUUUUUUGUGGGUAAGGAAGAAAAUCGCCGCUUACUAAACUGCUUUCCUAGCACUAAAAGCUAAGGAGGGAGCCCUAGUAAUCACGCGACAGGGAACCUUAUAACAACAUAAACAAUUAAGACUUUUAGCUAAACAAAAGAUAUUUUUUUGAGAAUAGCAAUAGCAUUGAUAGCACCCAAACAGUCAAGUUGGAUCUUUGUUCUCUUAUCUAUCUGCAUUCUAUUUUCCACGCCUCUCCAUAUUGCCAUCAUUUUGUUGAAAUAACCCUAAUAGUUUCACUCCCUUCCUCUCUCUGACCCGAAGGAGUGUGGCUUGCCCAUCCAAUACCUGCAUGUACAUGUUUGUGCCGACCUUUAUUUUUUUCCAGGUUCCAUCAGCUGUAAUAAUCGUUGGUUGCUCUGUCUCGGAGGAGUCAAUACUCUAGAAAGUGAUGUCUGGGACUUGACUAUGAAUCUGGUUGAAUCUACAAAUAUGCUCCUCGAUAAUAGAACGGAUCUUAACGGAGUUAAACUUGCUUUCCCGAAAGACAAUCUGAUUUCAAUGAAUCCAAAUACCCAGAAAUUUAGCACCAUCUUCUCUCGAUCUGUCUCUUUUCCGUAGAAGGUUAGAAACAUCUAACCCAAAUUACAAUAUUCGAACAUAGACAAUCAGUUCGAAUGACAAAAUCUGAGAAAGUCCAACUUCAUUAUUUUCCCGGUGCAAAUAUUUUAAAGUUCUUUACAUCGGAUCAAUGUUCCAACAUUUAAUAAGGGGGUGAAUUAUAUUUUAUUUGGAUAUCAAAGUCCUAAAAGUUGACUUAAAUACGGAGUAAUACACUCAUACAGACACACAACAACAUCAAUAUUGGUGAGAAAAUAAUUUCCCCAAUUGAGAAAAAAAAAGGAAAAAAAAACCUUCCCACCAAUGAUAGAGGUUUCCAUAAUUGUCACGUGCGGACUAUAACCAAGCAUUAUGUACGCUGCCCGCUAACGUCACAGUCUCAUCCUAUCACAAUUCAAGACUACCCGAUUGUUGCUAGGUUAAGUGUCCUACGAAAAUGGCUAAGUAAGGAAAUUAAAAGCAAGAGUAUUUAGAAAAGUUUUUAGAUUGCUUUAGAAUGAUUACAAUGUGUUGGUUGAUGAAUGGGGCAGUCUAUUUAUAGGCACCCAAGUUCCUAAGGCCUGAAAUUCAACUCUCUAGAAUAUUAUAUACUAUUCUUUACAAAGAAAUCCCUACGCUCCAAGGGAACCCUCUAAAUACAUGGAGGUAUCUAGAAGUUUGUACAACAAGGUUCUAGAAUCAUCCAAGCUAGAACCUUCGAGAACAACCAAGCUAGAAUGCUCAAGACCCAUCUGCAUCACUCUAGAACCUUCCGAUUCACACUAGACUGACCUGCUGGAAAACCAGGCCUUCGGGGUCUCAAACCCAAAAUAUGGCCCCACCAUCAUCUUCUUUGGCCCAAAAUACGUGGGACUCCCAAGUUUCAGUCAAUUUAGAUAUCGUUUGGUCUCCCGAACGGCCCAUUAUUACGUUAAUGUCAUGUGGGUGUUCACUAAGAAUUUUCUCCUAUUCAAAAUAAACAUCUUGAGGGGGUGGGUGCUCCACUUGCCGCCAACGCCCAGGCACACCUCUGCUGCCCACGAUGUUGCCUAGCGCCUAGUGCCAGCGCCCACGUCCGUGCACCUGAUGCACUUCGUUGCCACAUCGACCCACACGUUACCAAACGACCUUGCCGCCACCCUUGGCGGUGCACUGCGUUGCCUUGCGAUAAGGCCUUGCAUGCUGCUACAUGAUGCGAUGGUGUGGGAGUUCAUCCGUGACAUAAUGGUAUCAAGUAUCAACUAUGAUAAAUUGUUUAACUCAUCUAUUACUAUAUAAUAAAAGAGACACCAGGAAUGACACGUGUCACUUCCUGGUGAACAAAUUUCCCGCCAAAAACUCUUUCCUAAAAAGACAUAUAUUACUUUUUCCUCUUUUUAUUUUCUCUCCUUUAGUAUAAAUGUUAGUUUAUAUAUGGAAAAAAAUAUGGGAUUAUGGAUUAUGCCAUUAUUAAAAUUUUGGUAAUAUUUUAGUCAAACUUUCAUAUCAAUAAUAGAAAAUAUUCUUACUCAAUAUUUUGGCCAGAUCAUUAUAUUAAAUAUAUCAAAUAUUUUAGUCAGAUCAUUAUAUUAAAUAUAUAAAAUAUAUAAUACGUAGUAAGUUAAAAUAUGAUAAAUGAGUACAUUCGAGAUUAUUAAUUAAUUACGCAAUAGAUUUAAGGGAUAAAUAAUUCAAUUAAAAUUUGUAUAAAAAAGAUAGUCAAUAAUAAUUAUCAAAUACCCGUGCGUCCACGGGACCUAUUCUAGUCUAUAUCUAUACUAAUAUAUUAAAAGGCGUUUUGAAGAACGUAUACGUGUCACGUAAACCUCUCCUUAUUACGCCACGUCACCACUAAUUAGCAUCAUGACACGUCAUUACAACCAAAAAAACAUCUAACAAGGAUCGAACGCCAAACCUAUUUGUUAAAAGUUACACUUUUUACUAUCUUAACCAACUACAACUUAUGUAAUAUCUUUCCAUAUAAGCCUAUAUAUUCUUUCUACAAUAAACAAAUACAUUGAAUAAAAUUGAACGUAAAAAAUAAAUGAUUAUUUAAUUCAUAAAUGUACAAUUAUUACUUUGAAGAAAAGGAUCCUUUAUUUAGAUUUUUGGAUGUGGGAUUUAAUCGGGGAGGUUGUUGAUCGGCCACUAAUCUUAUGUCACCACCGUAUUUUGAUGAUGACAUCAUCUCUACGUACACAUAUUUUUUAAAAAAAACCCCGAAUAAAAGUCAAAACUCAGGACAACUCCUGGGUUACAUAAUAGUUAUAUCUACCAAAUUAUGUCGCCUCGACGACCAUCUUGUAUUCUUGAGUGAGGUUUAAUUUCUCACUGCGUAUGCUACAAACCUCUUAUUACUAUGGCUUACAAUGCAUUUUAUGGAGUAUAUAUUUCCGGACAACCUAGACUUUUCAUGUAUUUGUCAACCAGACAACACUAUAACCUUCCACUUCCUAGAAAAUCAUAUUUUCCAUGAAUUUUCAUUUCAACCAAACAUCACCUCGGAUAACUACGACUCCGAUAUUAUUUCUGCCAGAGAAGUACAAAUUUUGAGGUUACUACUCCGAUUUUGUCAUCAUCUUGCAUAUAAUCAGUUCAGAGUUUCAGGUGCAAACGAAUGAAGCAAACGAGUAAUGGAAUGUGUGUCUUUGCUUGCUAUUCCAUAUAGACAUUAGUAAUACAUACGAGUAGUAAGUAGUACAUUGAAAAACCUACAAGCACCUAAUUCAAAACAUAACAGACGACCGUAAACAUACAUAUGGACAUCACCAAAAACUUAUCAUGGACAUCAGCAAUAUCAACACAAGUUGGGGGAGUAGGUGGAGUUGAUUGAGUAGGUCGAGCCCCAUCAACUGCCAAAUGCUUGGGAGUGGCUCAAGUAAACACCUGUUGUACUUGGACUGGCUAACCUGUGACAAGUUUUGGUUUAGUAGGGUCCUUCUUACCUAUACAUUUGUAUAUAUUUAUGAUCAACACUAGGUUGACCUACGGCGAAAGUCAAAGUGACCACCAGUAGGGUCUGGCCUGUGGUCAGCCGCUCCUUCAUCUCUAAUACCGCGACGAUGAAGUUGACCUUGAGCUUGACCUUGACCUUGUCCCUGCCCAACGGGCUCCGAUGCAGGGAUCCUGGUUGCUUGCCCUUGGUACACAGCAUAAUAAGCACCCCCAGUAUCAUUCCCAGUAUGUUCAGUGCUAGUACCAUUAUCAGUGGUGGAGGAAUUAUCGACCUCUACAGACCCAAGUCCCGCCCCGGUGGUCCCACUAUAUGGAUCCACGGUUGCAGCACCAUGGUCACCUCCUCGACCUCCUCCUCUUUGAGCAUCUGCCAUAAAAACAAAGGCCCUCAAGUUCCUGAGUUGGAAAAUGCUAAGCUAGGAAGUUCCAUAGCUGGAACAAGCUAAAUGAGUUAAGUGUUCAACACAAGACCAAGAUGUUCGAAGCAGCUAAGAAGACUGUCAUUUAAAGAUAUUCCAGACUGAGUUCCUGAUCAGAGUUCCUUCUAUCCUAUGAGAAACUUCGAAAUUCCAGAGUUAGAACUCGGGUUGAAGCUUUAAAAGAUGUUGACAUGAAGACUAAAUCACAUGAGUUUGCUUGUAGGUUUUGUGUAAGUGUUAUUUAUUGUUUAAUGGUAAUACGGAAGAAAAGAGUCUUAGUAUGUUUUUGUGGAAAAAUAUUGGUAAAAUGGGAUUUUAUGUGAAAAUUAAAUGUUAAUAAAUAAAACCAUUCUUGUAAAAUAAAUUCUUGGAUUCUGUUUUUCAAAACCUUGUUUUCCAAGUAAAAUGUUUUCCAUGUUGACAGGAUAGUGGAACAACCCUAAUGAGACUCCUCUAUAAAAGGUUGGACGUUUCAAUUUCCUAAAGAGCAAAACCGUUUUCAAAGAGUCAGUUUUCCAAAAUAGUGUUCAUAAGGUUCCUUAUUGUCAUUAAGCGUUAUUAAACACUAGAGUUUAUGUACAUUGAGUUGUAAUUUGGGUUCAAAGGGUUGAGUAAACGGAGUAAGACCUAGAGUUAAGUCUAUGCAGUGAGAGAGAAAGAGAAGCAUAAUGAUUAAAGGGAAUCAUUGUGAGGAACUCGAGUUCGAGAGGAACUUGAGUUACAGAAUAGGUUGUAAUAUAGUUAUUGCUCUAUAUCAAAGAGGUGAGGUUUUUCCUUUUUGAUUGUCCUCGGAUUAAUUCUCUUGUGCUUAUUACGUUUGUUAAUACUUGGUUGUUUAAAUUCCGUAAAAAACUUUACUUAAAGUAAUCAACAUGCGAAGCAAUUAAUUAAUGGCUGCAUAGCUAUGCAUCUAUCUCUAGAUGCAUAUGAGCCAAGACACACUACAUUAUACAUACCCAUUUUUCUCUCUCCUCUAACCUUUUCCCAUUUUCUCUCUCAUCAAACCCCAUUUUAUUUUUCUCUCACCAUUUUCUCUUUCAUCAAAACCUCCACAUUCUCUCUCAUCAAACUACAUAUUUAUCUCUCUUUACACCUCCAAUUUGACUCCGAUGGAUUCCACAGUGACGGUUACUCAUGCGAUUCCGGCGAAUUUCUAGUCGGAUUCGUCGAAUCUAUGGUCAGCUCUAUCGAAUUUUUGGUCGGAUAUGUCAAAUUUUGGUCAGAUCUGUCAAUUUUCUGGUCGAAUAUGUCGAAUUUCUGAUCGAUUUCGGCGAAUUUUUGAUCAGAUCCGUCGCAUAUCUCUCUCCUCUCUUUACGCCAAUCCAUAUUUGUGUGAAAUUCGAAGGAAAAGGUUAAUAUGAAUGCGCCAACAAAAGAAAAAAAAGAAACCGAUUCAGAAAUGAAAGAUGUGGUAUUAAGAGAGGCUGCAAAAAUUGAACGCAAAAACAACAAGAAAAGAAUCUGCAAAUAAGGAAGCAGAUUGAAAGAGAAAAACGACCGGUCUAACGAAAAAGUGGAAGCCGAAAGGAAAGAAGCAGAAAAUUUAGAACUAAAAUAGAAGAAGCAUAUAAAAAAAUAGAUGAAACAUAUAAAAAAAUAGAUGAUAUGUUCAUUUUUUGAACAUGAAUGUUCAUUAAGUUAUUUUAAAUAUCCA